ACCCCCCUCGAGAGAACGACGCUCGAGUGGUAUGUGUGGUCGCAUCCAUUUUCCGAACACACGACCCGAGAUACGACCGAGUACGACGAACGUAAAUAAUGGAAUGCGCGUUUUCCAGUUAAUUCGUUCGGAGAAUUUACGAUAGUUCUGCAUCGGUGUGACGCUCGCAUCUCGCUCGAUGGGAAAUUGUGCCUUAGGAGUGCUGGACGUGCCGAAUGUCCGAGUUGGCGGGUUUGUUGUUGCCCGUGGACGAGGACAAUAGCCCGUGGACGGACUCGCGGUUUCUCGCGGUGCUCGUGCCCGAGGGGAUCACGGUCGAUCGAAGGAGGAAGGAGCCAGUUCGAUACACGCCUCGGCGAGAUGUCAAUCGCCCCGAUAGAGUGACGGGACAGUGCGCACCGGUAUCGUGAGUACCGCCGUGACGCGGAUGUCACGUCGAUUUGGAGGUUAGACCUCUCUCUCCGCGGCGCUCCACGUAAACGUGAACGGUCCGCAUCCGAUCGUUCGGCCCUCGGACGCCGAAUUGAGAUCCAGCUCCGUUUCCGGCCUCCACGUCGGAGGGAUUGCGUGCAACGCGGACUGCUCUGAAGUAAGCGUAAUUCUCGUACGUCGCGGCGAUACAUUCCGGUGCUUCGCUGCACGAUUUUAUGUGCGUGCCGCUUGCGUGUUAUGUUCCCAUCCCGGUGAAUAGAGACAGUAGAAUCAUGGCAGAUCGAGAUUAUGAUAUGGGACCUGCCACGGAAAUGAUGGUAAAUGAUUUUGAUGACGAACGUACAUUGGACGAGGAAGAGGCCUUAGAAGGUAGUGAAGACUCUCACAACGAGUUGUCCAACUUGCAAAAGGAGGGUGAUAUGCCACUGAAAGAUCUGCUUGCCAUGUACGGAUACGGCGAUCCCUCCACGGAGAACUCCAACAGUUCCGAUCGCAUGCUGCUGCCGUCCGGUAGCGGCGAUCCGGAGAACGAGGAGCGUUACUCGGAUAAGGGCGACAACGAUGCGGACGACGACGACGACGACGACGAAGCGGACGCGAACAGUAAUGAGCCGGACCUUAAACAAUUUUAUACAGAGAUGCUGGUGAAGGGGAAGGACAAAACGUCAACGUUGUCCGGGUCAGCGAUGAAAGGCGGUGGCGGAGCCGGUGGCAGGAAACGCAUCCUCGACGACGACGAGGACGACGAUGAGGAAGGCGAGGAGUGCUCGAUGACGGGUACUCGUGGCGGAAGUGGCAAGAAGAGAGCCUCGCCUACGUCCGGAAGCUCGAACGCCGUCGCUUGCGGCGAUAUGAACUUGGGGGGAUCCGGCGUUGCCGAUGACACCGCCGAAGAAGGUAGCGCCGCCGGCACGAUAGACGGACCGGAAGAUCGGAUAGUCACCAGCGGAAGCGGUAGUUCGAGGCUGCUGCGGAGCGUGUCGAGACCGCAGAGCGAGGAGGAGGAGGACGACUGCGAUUACAGUCCAGACGAGGAGGAGUGGAAGAAGACAAUCAUGGUCGGCAGUGAUUAUCAGGCGGCGAUACCGGAAGGCUUGUGCCGCUACGAUGACGCGUUACCCUACGAAAACGAGGACAAGAUGCUGUGGGACCCGAGCCAUAUAUCCGAGGAGGACACGGAGGAGUUCCUGGCACGCGCGCAGCUACCGGCAGUUAAAGGCAGCUCCGGAUUGCCGUCCGGAUCGCACAUUCGGGACGACGAGCAGGCCUUGUAUCUCCUGCUGCAGUGCGGCUACAACCUUGAGGAAGCACUGCGAAGACGUCGAAUGAACGUGUUGCCGCCAACGGACGCGGUGAGCCUCUGGUCAGAGGAGGAGUGUCACAAUUUCGAGUCCGGAUUACGCGCCUACGGGAAGGACUUUCACCUUAUUCAUAAGAACAAGGUGAGAACAAGGUCGGUUGGAGAAUUAGUGCAAUUUUAUUAUUUGUGGAAGAAAACCGAGCGCCAUGACAUAUUUACGUACAAAGCUCGACUGGAGAAGAAGAAGUACGCCCUGCACCCUGGUAUCACCAGGGACUAUAUGGACCGAUUCCUCGAGGAGCAAGAGGGCGUCCGGGAUCGCAGCAGCUCGCCCAACGUUCACUGUUUAAUAUACGGGGAUACCAAGCGGCAGAGGUCCAGCGCGAGCGUGACCAACAACGACGAGUCCAAGUCGACGGACGCCUGGGACGGGAACAACGCGGUCGAUCCGUUGGCGGACAUCAACGGGCCGACCCCGCAGCCGCCGCCACCGCCACCACCACCACCCCCGCCUCUCGUAACGUCGGUGGCGACCACCGUGUCUUCGUCGAUGUGCAACACUGGCGCUCCAACCGCGCAGCCGACGUACUGCUCGUCGUCGACGCGCCACCCGGAUUCGUCGUGCUCCUCGUCGGAAUCGGGCUGCGCAAACCCGCACGCGUGGGGCAGUCUAACGUCUCGAAGUCAACCUACCUCCGCCGUCAUCACGACGAUAACGAUCAACACCACGACGGCCACGACGUCCGCGGUGAUGGUCACCAGCCUCGGCUCGACAAACACAGUUACCACCAGUUCCACCGCCGUUACCGCCUCCGCCGGCGCCGCCACCGCCGGCUCCAAUAAUUAUUACCAUCAGCGAGUAACGUCAUCGAGGAGCAACGAUUCCCACGACACACCCUCGCCCGAGAACAUUCUACCCCAUCUGCCUCCUUAGCGUCUAACCAGACCUUCAGGUGUCCAUCCUGAAAGGCGGCGGAUGUCCCUGCGCGGUGUGCCCAGAUCGGCGCUCGCGCCAUCGCUAUUGUCGUAACGCAUAACGCAUUCGUUAAUAUCAAGGAUUAUAUUUUUAUACUGUAUCGUAAUGUAAUUACUAAUCGUCCUUAGAGCGCGAGUGCGCGAUGUUGUACAGUGAUGCGGGAGGCACGGGGAUGCGUGCCUUCGCGAGGCAGACUCGGGGAAGCGUGUACUGUACAUGUAAGAUUUAAAGACAAACGCAGAGAACGGCGGUCUCUCGCUGUAAACUCUGUUUCUAUAUUCCUCCCCUUCGUUUCCGGGCGUAGAGAUAUAUUUCGAGACACGUCUUGGUUGAAAGCCGAAAAAAAUUAUCGUGCGCCAAUGAAGGCGACAGAGAUGCAGAGUAACGUAACGCGCCGUGACUACAAAUUUUCAUGAACAGAUCAUUCACGUGAUUAGUGAAUGUAAUUAGCAAAUAUGUAACUGAUCAUGACGAAAUUUUCAUGCAAAGGACGCUUAUCAUCGGAUCGAAAAAUACAGAAUUUGCAACUCGGUUAACAAGCGAAGAAGCGAAAUCUGAUUGAGUGCUGAACCGAUCAAAUUAAAUGAAAGUCAAUAGGGAAAAUGUUGAGCGUUAUUUUGACGUGAGAGGAUGCACGUAAAAUGGCGAUUCUAAUCAAUCCGUUUGGUCCCUCGUUAAGUAGUUGGCUGUGUAUAAAAUCAUAUAGUUUGUAUUUUCACGGUUUCCUAUAGCGCGACUAUUUAAGAGAACACAUUUAAAGAAACACAAGAAAUAUUUCUAAUUUGCUGGAUACACACAUUGCAUUAUGUUUAAUCAUUUAUAAAUAGUGUUAAUAUAAAAGUACAGGCUAAAUUAGAAACGU